GACCCAUCUAUUGAAGCUUGUUCCCUCGUGUACGGACAAGCUAGGCCCGGCAUCGAAGCGUCAUCCCCCUGGCAUUAACGGUGGCCCUCCUGCAAGGAGUUCGCAAGCUAUUCUGGACCUGGGAAGAGUUGGUGUGCCGAGCCGUGUCGUAAGAGCCGGGGUGUGUGCAGUUCUUGUGCUGUGACGUUUGCGCUUGGUCGAGAUUCUUCCGAACGAACGCUCAUAUAAAACUAAGACAAGAUGCCCGAAAACGUUGAAGCCAACGGGGCAGAAGUCUCAGAUGCCAUGUCUGAGAAUGAGCAUGAGUACGACGAUACAGACCAUCCGAUCAAAGAAGACGACGACGAGAACAUGGCUGAGCAGCACACAUCUCCCGAGAAUGGCGCAGGAGGCUCCGGCGAAGUCAAAAAGAAGUAUGACCCCAAGGAUCCGCAUCGGCCGAGAAGAAAGAAGGCCAGGAGAGCGUGCUAUGCCUGUCAAAGAGCACAUCUGACAUGUGGGGACGAGCGACCGUGUCAGCGAUGUAUCAAGCGCGGUCUUGCCGAUGCUUGUCAAGAUGGUGUGCGCAAGAAGGCAAAAUAUCUCCAUGAUGCUCCUCCUGAAGCCUUGAGGCCAGUGCUUGGUCCGACCUUCAAUCCAAAUAUGGGUUCGAAAGCUACCAAUGGAAGGCAUGCUUCUAAUGCCACUACGUCCUCGGAUACGUCACAAUACUAUCCUCAAUCGACAAGCUCUCAGACGUACCCUAUAUUCGCUGGUAGUCAGCCACAAGUGUCGAUGCCUGAUAGUCUUUUCGGUCAACCUUCCCCGGUCUCCCCCUCGUUUCAACAUAAUCCUCAAAGGGCUCAACAGAUGGGUAACAUGCAAAUCCCAACACCAUCCAGCGAUAUGGGAAAUUACCCAAGUGCGCUGUUUGACCCGAGCAAUCCGGCCAUAUUCAACUUUGACCUUGAAGGUAUCAAUUUCGGAAGCCACUACGGUGCAAUGGAGUUCGGCAUACUCGGCCAUAUGUCCUCAGGGGCGGCCGAAACACCGCCGAGAGACCCGUCCCUCUCACAGCAAGGCAAUGCGGAGGCCAACUUCAAUGGUGGUCAGAUAUACUCGAACGGCAUCAACCAGUACAACCAGAUGUAUGAUGGCAUGGUGGAGAACUAUAUCAAUACCGAUCAAAACAGCCAUCAUCACAGUAACAGUAGUAACAACCAUACCAACAACAACAUGUACUCGCAAGGUAAUCUGCAGCAUGGGCUACCACAUGCAUACGCCAUUGCGGCAGCCGGACCGACUCCCAGCAGCCUUGCAAGCCCAGGCACAGACAACACAGCAAGUCCACAACCAACACAUAUCGCAUUCGACAGCUCGCCAUCUGCCGGCAACUUUACGCCUGUCAACUCGCAGUCGAUCGCAAUACCGUCAAAGUCGAAGAGCAAAAGCUCUGCCAACCCCAACGCUAAACUAUUUGGACCCCAGUCGAUACUGGCCAAGCGCCAACGUGACCCCUCUGCCAUCUAUGAAAAUGUGAAGGAGCCGUACCAGUAUUUGACUGGGUUUCACAACCUGAUUGCCCUAGUCAAGCGCCGGUUUUCGAGCACAAAGACGUUACGAAUUGCAAAGUCUCUGGCCAGUAUCCGGCCGUCAUUUAUCAGCUGCACAAGAAAUCUGAACAGGCAAGAUCUCAUCUUCAUGGAGAAGUGUUUGCAACGGACCCUGUUCGAGUAUGAAGAUUUCAUGAGCCAUUGUUCCGCGCCCACUGUCGUGUGUCGGCGUACCGGUGAGGUGGCUGCUGUCAACAAGGAGUUUGUCGCUCUCACCGGAUGGACAAAGGAUGUUCUCCUUGGCAAGCAACCAAACCUGAAUGUCAACUUUGGCGAGUCGCCCACCUCAGCGAGUGGUGCCAACUCGGGGAAGGGCGGUCUCAACACACCUCAGCUCAAAGCUAUGGAGCCAGUGCCGAGCGACACCCCUCAGCCCGUCUUUGUUGCCGAGCUCAUGGACGAUGACAGCGUCAUCCAAUUCUACGAGGAUUUCGCUCACCUCGCUUUCGGAGAUAGCAGAGGUCAUGUCACCCGAAAAUGUCGGUUACUAAAAUAUCGCACGAAAGAAGCAACCGAGGCGCUCAGCAACAGUGAAUCGCCGCCACAGAGAGACUCUCGGCCUGGCAUUCUCAGCAGUAGAGUGACCCGGAUUGAUGGCGAACACGGCAUCGCCAAGAUUGAAAAGGACGGAAAAAUGGAUUGCACUUACUGUUGGACCAUCAAGCGGGAUGUAUUCGACAUCCCUAUGCUGAUUGUUAUUAAUUUUCUACCUUGUUACUAUCGCAACCAAGAUCAUGUCGCCGUAUAGGGGAUACAACACAGGAGUGGGGUGGUUCGAUGAGACAUCUGUUCUAUAACUUUGAAAUUAUGCGGAUUCCGAGGCUUGUUCUGAAAUUACAGCAUGGGUGGCGUUGGUGGAUGGGGGGCCCAAGGUUUGGAACCCUUCUCCCGGAAUUAUGG